GGGCAGAGCCCGUGCAGGUCACCGGCAUCUCCGGUCAACAGAGACGAGAAUGAACAAGAGGAGGAAAUCAGCUCUUCUCAAUUCCUCUCACUGUGUAUACUUUUCUUCAGCUUUUCCGUUUUCUGUGAACGUCAUUUGACAUAUAAAUUUAAGCCUGUAGCCUUUGGAUUCGCUCUCUUUGACGCACAAUGGACCGAGAGAAGAUCGUUGAAAGAGAUUUCAUGGGAUUAAGUAACGGCGAUGAAAUUGCAGAGAAAAAAGAGAUGGAUGCAGGGACUAAAGAUUCAAAUACUGAUGUUCCUGUGGAGGAUGGGAGCCACAACUCUUCAAAUAAUGUACCCUGUCAACGUUUUGGAGCACCUCCAAAAGCAUAUUCAGCUGGAUCAACAGAGGGUUUGAGCUCUUCAGCACAUCCUGGUGCUGAAUAUGGAGUCUUUCCAAUCUCAAAUCUUUCAUUUCCAAUGCAGAGUUUUGGCCAGCAUAUAGGAGCACCAUCUAUCUCGAAAGGACAGCAAGCAGUAUCUGGCGCAUGUGGUGGGCCUUCCAUGGCUAAUCCUUCUCCCAUUCAACAUUCAUUUUUUCCAGAUUUUGCGGGCAAUUAUCCUAGCACAAGAGCAACAAGCAAGUCCGGAAAUAUUCCAGGAAAUCCACCUUCUGCACAGCUUACAAUUUUCUAUGCUGGGACAGUGAAUGUGUAUGAUGAUAUCCCUGCAGACAAGGCUCAAGGUCUCAUGCUCUUGGCUGCAAGUGCAAGGCCCACAAAAAUGACUAAUCAGCCUCCACGAAGCCCAUUAAUGUCAAUGGCCAUGGCAACUGGUGGUCAUACUCCAUCAAUUUCAUCACCGUUUCCCCCAAGUUUGCCAAAUCGAGUGAGUCCUGUGACUCCACAAGCUCCUUUACAAAAGCCACAGUCAAGCAGUCAACCUAAUCCAUCAGCGGCAGUAUCCUUGAGCACUGGAGACUCUCAGGCAAAUCAAAAUGUAGUGACUUCGAUUAGUCAGCAGGAGGCUUCAAUGUCAAGUGCCACGGUGAUAACCCCUGCACCCGUUGCACCACGAGCAGUACCACAGGCACGGAAAGCAUCUCUUGCUCGCUUUCUUGAAAAACGAAAAGAAAGAAUUGGUACAAAAGCUCCAUAUCCUACUAAAAAGUCACCUGAUGCUUCACCUCAAAGAGAGCAAUCUCCUAGUUCUAAACACUCUUCACCUCUUGAUGGAUGUCUAACCAAAAAACACCAAUUGACUUGUGCUGGACUGGAGGAGAAGAUUCCUUUUGAUUCAGAAAACAUUGAAUCUUAUCUUGACGAGGAUCGAAAGGAGCAUAUGUGUUUACAAAAAGUUCCAAAGAUCGAGCGAGAAGAAUGUGAAAUUACUGUGUAGGUUCCACCACUUUGGUUUUCAAUGAUAUCAUUAUAAUUUCUUCGAGUUUUAGAGGCGGUUUGCUGAACAUAACCCAAAACAAAAGAUAACACAAGAAAUUUUAUAGAUUUUACCGAAAACUAAUUUAUUGAUUUGGUUUAUAAAUACUGGUCAUACAUAUAUUACAAUAUUUUGUUUGCCAAAGGAAUGAACCUGGAGGUUCAUAAUGGACACUGCUUUUCUGAUAUCUUAAUCCGCUUUAAGAAUAUUAUGUAAUAUAUUUUGUAUUGGUUAACUUUUUA